CUUCCCUCUUCUUCUUUCUUUUUCCUCGAUUAUGCUCUCUGAUUCUAUUCAAAGUUAGGGUUCUUAAAUUUGUUCUCUAAUCGAUUCGUGAAAUUCGAUUUCGUUUCUUCCCCUUCUGCACUGCGAGCUCCUGGGAUUUUCUCCGUUAUUCAUUUCUCUCAGAUGUAUCUGCUGUCUCCGGCGAGUUCGUGUUUGGAUCAUAAGAGUUUGAUUUCCUGCGUUUCUCCCUUUAUUUUGUAUUUCCAGGAAGACGAAUCGUCCGUACGAUUUCGUUUCUACUAGUAAUUAGUUCUGAGCCAUUCUAUUAAUUGCAUUUCCAUGUUAAGAUUUCAGUGUUACAUUUGAUUUCGAUUACUGUAGUUUUUCAUGGUUUUGGGGUUUGCAGGAUUAUCAAUUGAACACAGAAGAGUUAAUAUCCUCCAAGUCCAGACUCUUUAAGCCUAUUGAAUUUAUUUAUGUGACGAAGGAUGUGUGCAUUGUUCACAUAUCUCACAGUUCUUGUCUCUCAACUGGGACUAUGAGUUAUUGGUUCCCUGACUGCGCUGUGUUUCAUAGACUUACCUGACUGGGAAGAUUUUAUUUAGGAGGUUUAUUGUUGCAAUGGAAUGCAAUAGAGAAGAUGCUACAAAGGCGAAAAAAAUAGCAGAGGAAAAGAUGGAGGCUGGUGAUUUUGUUGAAGCUCAUAAAUUUGUUACCAAGGCUCAAAGACUCUUCCCCAGUCUCGAACACUUACUGCAGAUGAAAACCAUAUGUGAUGUCCAUUCUUCUGCAAUUAAUAAAAUCAAAGGGCUUGACAAUUGGUAUGGUAUCCUUCAGGUUCAGCCGUUUGCUGAUGCCGACACAAUCAAGAAGCAAUACAGAAGGCUCGUGCUGCUUCUCCAUCCAGACAAAAACAAGUUUCCUGGUUCAGAGGCUGCUUUUAAGUUGGUUGGGGAAGCAAACAGAUUGCUUUCUGAUCGGAUUACACGUUCUAACUAUGACGUCAGAUACAGAUCCCAUUCAAUUUUAGCUAACAAGCAUGCAAACGCAAACUUGGGUCGCCACUGUGCAGCGACAAACAAUGCUGCUGAGAAUACUGUAAGUGUUUACACAUUCUGGACGCGUUGCAGGCACUGUGGCCGUUGGUAUAAAUACUUGAGAGAAUAUAUGAACACAGUUAUGCAUUGUUCCAGUUGCCGGAAAUCUUAUGUUGCUCACAGCAUGACGUUUGAUGGAGUGCCACCUGGUAGUUCAACUGCUCGUAAAAAAGAAUUUCGGUAUCAAGGGAUGUACAAUACAUCUCGGCAGAAUGUUUCUACUGGAGCAGAAUCAAGAAGUUCAGCAGCUGAGAUGGAUAAGAAUGGGACAGUUGGAGAGAAACUCAACAAGAAAAAUCAAGAAAAUCAGAAAAAAGGUGCUGAUGACAGAGAACUCAAGAAAGAUGAGAGUUGUACCGAGAAUGACACUGAAGGAAGAAGAUCCCAGAAUGGUGAGACAGGUAUGAGAAAUUCUGCUGAAAUACCUAAAGCUGAUGUAUUGAAGCCGCAACAUGAAGUAAAAGAACCAGAUACUACUGCAACAAAUUCAAUACCUGAUUUAUCAGCUCCAAAGAAGAAUAAAGCAGCCAAAAGGAGGAGAACAGCGGUUGAGGAAUCCUCUAAGAGUUUUGAGGUGGAUAGCUCUGAUGCUGCUGGGGGUAAAACAGAUACGAAUGAAAAUAAUAAGAGGAAGUCGUCGAGGAAAAAGUCACAGGAUUUUUACGCAAAGGGAGGAAACAGUGGUGAUCAUCCAAAUAAAAAGAGAAAUUCAGGUUGUGAAUUUGAGUCUGAGUUUAAUAUGAAGCAAACUGCUAAGGAUAAGAAGUCAACUGAACAGGCUGAUUCUGGGGUUUCUUCUGCUUCUUCACAUGCUAAUAAAAGAAAAACCAAGAAAAACGCAAAUUCGGGAAAUGAAGACACCUUGUCAUCCAAAAACAAAGUUAGUGAAGGCUGUGAUGGUAAUGGAGAAGAUGCAGCCUUGUUGAGCAAGAUUGAUAGAGUAGAAAAUGGAUACAAAGCUAAUGAAAAUCCUAAUACACUUGAUAUACCUGAUCCGGAGAUCGAUGUGUUUGGUGUUGAACGGAAUACAGAAAAGUUUGCUGUCAAUCAAGUGUGGUCUACAACUGAUUCUAGAGAUGGUAUGCCUAGGAAAUACGUUCGGGUAGAGAAAGUGUUGAAUGCCGAGUUCAAGCUGCAAAUUACCUACCUUGAGCCUGUAUGUGAUAAGAAUGAUGAUAGUAUUCCAGUUGCUUGCGGUAAGUUCAAAAAUUGGAAAACAGGGGAAGUUGAGAACCGCUCAAUCUUUUCAGGUCAAAUGCAUCACUUGUGUUGCAACGAGAUUGUUUCCAUCUAUCCGAGGAAAGGAGAUAUAUGGGCUAUGUUCAGAGAAUGGAAUGAGGAAUGGAACAGUAGUCUAGAAAAGCAUAAAUUACCAUACAAGUAUGACUUUGUGGAAAUUCUUAGUGAUUUUCACAAUGUUAACGGUGUUGGAGUGGCCUAUCUGGGUAAACUAAAAGGUUCUGUUCCCCUAUUUCACUGGGAGGCAAAGGAUGGAGUUUGCCAAAUUCAAUUUACACCGAAAGAUAUGCUUAGAUUUUCUCACAAAGUACCAGCAGUCGUAAGGACCGGAAAAGAGAAAGAGUGUGUUCCAGCUAAAUCAUAUGAACUGGAUCCGGCUGCAUUACCAAAAUAUAUACUUCAGGCUGAUGCAGUUGAUAUGGAGAUGGAUAGUAAGAUCCUGAAAGUUAAAGCUGACGGCCUUUAUCCCGACGCUCCCAAGGUUGGAGCGAAGGUCAAGUCACUUCCAGAGACUGCACCAUCCCCAAGGAAACGUCGAAAAUCUGAUUAUGAUAAAGGCAUAUGCAGUAAUCUUGAGGAAGUCAUACGCAGAAUGAACAGAAGCUAUGAUUUUUCUUCCUGUGGAGUUGAUGAAAUCAACACACCAAACAUGUCCAGAAAGAGUUGUGAGGUCACAGAUGUCUUCAAACUUCGGAAAUCUCCUCGUCUUCAAACAAUUCGAAGCCAACAAGGAGAUAAGGAGAAAAGUGAUAAACAAGGCAACAGUAUGAAUAACCAAAAGAAACCUGAUAAGGGUCUUGUGACAGAUUCUUUGGGAGUUGAUGAAAAGAACACACCAAACAAGUCCAAAAAGAAUGGUGAGGCCACAGAUGUCCUCAAACUUCGAAAAUCUUCUCGUCAUCAAAAAAUUCCAACCCAACAAGAAGAUGAGAAGAAAAGUGAUAGACAAGGCAACAAAAUGAAUAGCCCAAAGAAAACUGAUAAGGGUUUGGGAGUUGAUCAAAAGAACACACCAAACAAGUCCACAAAGAAUGGUGAGGCCACAGAUGUUUUCAAACUUCGAAAAUCUCCUCGUCUUCAGACAAUGCCAAACCAACAAGGAGAUAACAAGGAAAUUGCAAAACGAGGCAACAAGAUGAAGACCCCAAAGAAAACUGAUAAGUGUCUUGUGACAAAUUCUUUGGGAGUCAGAAAAUCUCCCAAUGGCAUUCACAAACCAGCAGAGAGUCCAGAAGGAGAGAGCUCAAAGAAACAAAGACCCAAUGGUGAAAUUCCGUCUCUGUCCAAGCUGAAUGAUUUGCCAACUCAGGUGUUCUUUUCCACUUACGAGUUCUCUAAUGCAACUCCUGUGUCGGCAAAUUGCAAAACACCUCGAAGAAAUGUCUAUGACUUCAAGAACCUGAGAUCUGAAGACAAAUUCCGAAUUAAUCAGAUAUGGGCUAUUUAUAGCAAUGACAAGGGAAUGCCCUCAGAGUAUGUGAAGAUCAAGACAAUUGAAACCAAGCCUAAGUUUGUGUUACGUGGAACACCGACGGAGCUGUAUUCGCCAUCUAUAGUUCCCGUAACCCGCCCUGUGUAUUGUGGGGAAUUCAAGUUGAAAAAGGGAAGACCCAAAAUCUUUCCUCGUGCCAGCUUCUCACAUCAGGUCAAACCCUUCGACAGUAGUAACAGGUUCAUAAUCAAAGUAUACCCAAGGAAAGGUGAGAUAUGGGCUCUAUAUAAGAACUGUGAUAGCACCGAAGAACAUGACAUUGUAGAAGUGGUGGAAGAUAACUGUGAUGGGGAGAUCGUAAAGGUUGUGGCUUUGAUUGCUGAAGGCACUAGUUCUCUAUACAAAAUUCAGAGGAAAGAAGGGUUGAAUGCGGAUGUUGUAGUCAUUCCAAAGGCAGAAAUGAGUAGAUUUUCUCAUCAGAUUCCGGCAGUCAGAACAAGGCUAGUUGAAGGAGGAUGCUGGGAACUUGACCCGAUAGCAAUUCCAAGUCGCACCAUAGUCUUUGACUGAGCACAGUUCCAAGUAUGCAUCCGAUUUCUAUCUUCAGAGAUUGUGUAGAUAUGGAUAAUGUCAAGUAGAAUCUAAUGGUAGCUUUUAAGUUUGGUGAUUGUCGAGAAAAUGAUCAAAAUAUUGUCUUUGACGAUGGCUUAUGGAUUUGCAGACUCUUUUUAUGUUGUUUUUUCUGUGCAGCGGUGAAUUAUAAAGUUUAGUUUUCAGUUUA